AUUUGGCAAUUUUGAUUUCAUGGUGACUUUAAGGAACUGAAAUUCUGGACACAGUUUUCAGUCCUGCAGUACCAGUGCAGUAUUUAGAUACAGAAUUACUGGGUGUUGUCUUGAUUCUCUCUAACUUAUGUUCUUUGAGUGUGUGUCCGAGACUUAGCAGGAAUGAGGAAACUGCUUUACAGACACACCUGUUUUGCACACGUCACUCAAAACACAGAACCAGGAAACAAGGAUCACCUGGAAGUGUAGUCGAGCUGUUGUGUUUGUGUCUCUGUAUUCAUGCUGUAAAAUGGCACAAGCCAGAAUUUCAGUAGAUCAGGAUGAGUUCCUGUGUCCAGUGUGUCUGGAUCUCCUGAAGGAUCCAGUGACCACUUCCUGUGGACACAGUUACUGUAAGAUCUGUAUUACAGGCUGCUGGGAUCAGGAGGAUCAGAAGAGAGUUUACAGCUGCCCUCAGUGCAGACAGACCUUCAGUUCAAGACCUGCUUUAGCUAAAAACACCAUGUUGGCUGAAGUGGUGGAGAAACUGAAGAAGACUAAACUUCCUGUUGACUGUUACGCUGGAGCUGGAGAUGUGCAGUGUGACGUCUGUACUGGAAGAAAACUCAAAGCCAUCAAGUCCUGUCUGGUGUGUCUGAACUCUUACUGUCAGAAUCACCUUGAUCAACAUGAGAGUUUGUUUAAAGAAAAGAGACACAAUCUGACUGAAGCCACUGGACGACUGCAGGAGAUGAUCUGCCAGAAACAUGAAAAGAUCCUUGAGGCUUUCUGCUGCACUGAUCAGAAGUGUAUAUGUGUGCUGUGUAUGGAUGAACAUAAAAACCACGACACUGUAUCAGCUGCAGCACAGAGGACAGAGAAACAGCACCAGCUGAAGGAGACACAGAGGUCGUUCCAGCAGAGGAUCCAGCAGAGAGAGAAAGAUCUUCAGCAGCUGAGAGAGGCUGUGCAGUCUCAUAAGCGCUCUGCACAGACAGCAGUGGAGGACAGUGAAAGGAUCUUCACUGAGCUCAUCCGCUCCAUUGAGAGAAGAGAUCAGGAAAAGUCUGCUGCGAGUCGAGCUGAAGGACGACUGGAGCGACUGGAGCAGGAGAUCAAUGAUCUGAGGAGGAGAGACGCUGAGCUGGAGCAGCUUUCACACACACAGGAUCACAUCCAUUUCCUGCAGAGUUUCCAGUCUCUCUCAGCUCCUCCUGAAUUUACAGACGUAAAUGAUGAUGAUCCCUUCAGUUCUCACUCCUCUUUUGAUGGCGUGAGAGAACCUGUCCGUCCGCUGAGAGACAAACUGGAGGAUUUCUGCAAAGAGGAGCUCAAGAAGAUCUCUGACAGAGUCUCUUCCAACAACAUUGUUCCCAGGACCAGGAAUGACUUCCUACAAUAUUCCCAUCAGUUCACUCUGGAUCUGAACACAGCGAAUAAACACCUCCGUCUGUCUGAGAGGAACAGAGUGAUUACUGGCACUAACACAAAGCAUUCGUAUCCUGAUCAUCUUGACAGAUUUGAUUAUUAUGAUCAGGUGUUGUGUAGAGAGAGUGUGUGUGGACACUGUUACUGGGAGAUUGAGUGGAGUGGUGAUGUAGAUAUAUCAGUGUCAUAUAAGAGCAUCAGCAGGAAGGGACAGGGUCGUGAGUGUGUGUUUGGAUAUAAUGAUCAGUCCUGGAGUUUGUACUGCUCUUCUUCCAGUUACAUAUUCUAUUACCAUAACAUAAAGACUAAACUCCCUGUAAAGCCCAUCACCACCAGUAGAAUAGGAGUGUAUGUGGAUCACAGUGCAGGAACUCUGUCCUUCUACAGCGUCUCUGAAGACACAAUGAUCCUCAUCCACACAGUCCAGACCACAUUCACUCAACCGCUCUAUCCUGGGUUUAGUGUUGGUUCUGGAUCAUCAGUGAAACUGUGUUGGUGAAUCAGAAUAGACUGCAGAGAGAUUCUACCCAUAAUGCUUUGAGCUCAUGAUAAAUCAGUAACAUUGAGAUAUUAUAGAGCAGGGGUGGGGAACGUUGAUCCUGGAGGGCCAUUGUCCUGCAGAGUUUAGCUCCAACCCUAAUUAAACACACCUGAAGCUAAUCAAGGUCUUCAGGAUUACUAAAGUUACAGGGAGGUGAGUGAU